AUGGCUCCGCUCAUUUCCUCCUACAACGAGAAUGUCCGUCCGAUGCUCGACGCAAUCGACAAGUUGCGAGUCCUAGGUCUCAAGGAGGAAGGAAUCGAGCUUCCGACGAUCGUCGUCGUUGGUGAUCAAUCCAGCGGCAAAUCGUCCGUGCUGGAAAACUUGUCGGGAAUCGGCCUGCCGAGAGGCAAGGGGAUCGUUACUCGCGUGCCGUUGAUCCUGAGGCUCCAAUCGUGCUCCGACGGUCAGGAUGAGAUCACGAUUGAAUACACCCCUGUCACCGGGAAAGUGUCUAAAGUUAUCCCUGACGAAGCGUUGAUCGAGCAGGAAAUUUCUGAGGCAACAGUGGCCCUAGCUGGCAGCAGGAAAGGCGUCAUGAAUUGUCCAAUUACCCUGCAAGUGCGACGACCGGACUUGCCUAUCCUAACCCUCAUAGAUCUGCCUGGAAUCACACGCGUUCCUGUUGAAGAUCAGCCGAAGGACAUUUACAAUCAGGUUAAGGCGAUGAUCAUGCAUUACAUCACUCCGAAGGAGAGCGUGAUUCUGAACGUGCUGGCAGCCGAGGUGGAUUUCUCCACGUGCGAGUCCAUCGUGAUGUCGCAAGAGGUCGAUCCUGACGGCGAUCGCACCCUCGCUGUCGUCACCAAGGUCGACCGCGCACCUGAUGGCCUUUACGAGAAAAUCCAAGGGAAUUCCGUGCGGAUUGGGCUUGGGUACGUGUGUGUCAGGAACAAGACUGACGCGGAUGCCACUCAUGAAGAUGCACGGAGAGCAGAAGCGAUUUUCUUUAACAGCCAUCCGGAAUUGAGACAAAUCGACUCGCAGUCCCUUGGGAUUCCCGCCUUGGCUGAACGCCUGACGGAGAUUCAGGCUAAGCGGGAGCGGCGUGACCUGAUGAGCGGCCUCAUCGGCGGGAGGUACGAUUCGCUUCAGAGCGACGAGGAGAUGCACUACGCUGCGAGGCUGCACGAGAAGUUCAUCAAAUUCGAGGUUGACAUGCGAGGUGCUCUCCCGAAUUUCCUAGGUGCGGACUACACUGAAAGGUGUAAAAAGGCGUUGAAAGAGGUGGCGGGGAUUUCACUCCCGAACAUGCUGGAUCACGCUGCUGUGAGGCAGCUGGUUCAGGAGGUGGUGGGGGGCAUCGAAGGGCUGUGUAUGCUCCUGGUGACAGACUGCUUUGCGUAUGCGACUGAGGUGCAGGAAGCUGUGGUGUCUGAUGUCUGCGGGGUAUACCCCGAGCUGAGCAGCGUGGCCCAACUUCAAGGGCUGAAUGCUCUGAGGGAGACCCAAGAGACUGCAAGCCGCUUCAUUCAGGACAUGCUGAAAAAGGAAAAGAAGGUGAUUUUCACGGCCAACCACUACUAUAUGGAUACUGUUUCUAAAAUCCAUGCGAGUAUGGCCGAGUACAGCAGAGCCAAGGCUUAUUCUCCUGUUCAUACCCACCCUCCUGUACCCUCUGUUGAGGAUAUCGCUUCCAGCACUGCUUCACUCAGCAACCUGAUCAGCAAUGAGGACCAGGCAGCGAGGGACCUGCAGGCCAACAUGUUUUCAUAUGCCAAGGUGAUGCACAAGCGGCUGUGUGACGUUAUCCCCAUGGAGAUUCGCAUGUCUCUUGAGACUGCCCUGCUGGAUGACACUGACAGUGCCCUGUGGCGGGAGGUUCACGACGGGGACAUUCUCAAGAUAGCGGCUGUCAAGGCAGCUGACCAGCAGCGCAGGGCUCGGCUGGAAGAGAGCAUCAAAAGGUUGAAGGCAUCUGAAGCCACGCUGCUGGGCCUUGCAUCUGACGCUCCCAGGCUGCUAGCGGUAGCCUGA